GUAGACUUCGAUGACUGGACACUAGUUGACGUCGAUGGCUGGACACUAGUUGACGUCGAUGACUGGACACUAGUUGAUGUCGAUGGCUGGACACAUGUAGACUUCGAUGGCUGGACACUAUUAGACAUCGACGACUGGACACAGGUAGACUUCGAUGGCUGGACACUAGUAGACGUCGAUGGCUGGACACUAGUAGACAUCUAUGGCUGGACACAGGUAGACUUCGAUGGCUGGACACUAGUAGACGUCAAUGGCUGGACACUAGUAGUAGAUGUAGAUGGCUGGACACUUGCAGAUUCAUUACUGUAUUGUUCCUUUGAUUGUAUAUCGAAUGCUGCAAUAUGA